AUGCACGAGCAGAUGAUGCUGCGGCAUACAGCUGGAGAGGACGACGACGAAGACGAGGAGGAGGGCGAGGAGGAAGAAGAAGAGGAGGAGCCGGAGUGGAAGGGUUUAACGGAGAAGGCCCUCUGUCCCGAGAGCGAGCGGAUCACGGCCGAGAGUUUCGCAGCUUGGAAGGUGAAGUUUGAUGCGGAGAUGAUUGAGAGUGGGGUCCUGAAGCGAGACGAAGUGAAGUCAAGGUCAGGUAAGUUGAUUUUCAUGCAAGGCCAAGAAGGAGAGGAACGCAAGAAGGAGGAGAACGGGUAUCCCGCUGGAAAGUCCGAUGUCCUGGUGUACGAUGCUGCUUUGUUCGGCGAGGAGGACGCAGACCUUGAUGACAUCGAGGACGACUGA